AGACAACCACCAUCUCCUCCUCCUCCUCCUAUCUAUGGCCUUAACCCUCUAUGACACCAACAAAGGAAAACAGAGAAAUAGAGAGAGAAAGUGUUUCUUCUCUCAAGGGUUAAGGAAGAGAGGAGAGGAAGGGUACCUUUCUACUACCAUCUUCUCCCUUUCCUUGCCUCUUCUUCAACAUACAUACAUACAUUCUUUGCUCAACCCACGUACUAAUAUAACCACAUUUUUUUAAAAUUUUAUUGCCUUUUUCUUGUAAAAAUGGACGCGACACGGCGUGUUGCGUGCCACGAGGAUUUGUUCAACCCAGUCCUCACAAUGGGCAUGCAGGUUUCCUGCAUUCUUGUUCUCUCUCAUGUAUUUCAACUUGUGCUCAAGCCCUUAGGCCAACCUGGACCCAUUGCUCAAAUUCUCGCUGGGUUGGUGCUAGGUCCUUCAGGACUAUCACAUAUAGAAUAUAUAAAAAAGAUCUUCUUUCAGAAUAUGGCUGCAGAUUACUAUGAAACCUUGGCAUUGUUUGCUCGAAUAAUUAUUAUGUUCCUAUUUGGCCUUGAAAUGGAUGUUCCUUUUUUAAUGCGCAACAUUCGUCCAGCAAGCAUCAUCGCGUUUGGCGGAUGCAUAAUAUGUAGCAUCUUUGCAGCAGCCAUCACCCCCUUUGUGUACCAAGAAACUGCAGCCCAUGGCCCCAUGAUCAUAAUGGCCUUAAUGAUCACGGUGAUCUUAGCCAACACGGCUUCCCCAAUUGUUAUCCGUAUGGCAGCUGAAUUGAAGUUCACCACUUCAGAUUUUGGGCGCCUUGCCAUAUCUUCUUCCUUGAUCAGUGACAUGUAUUGUGUACUAAUUGUGAUCGUUAUGUCAAGAGGCAGGGUUAAAGUUGGAUUUUUUCUAUGGACUUUAGAGGGCUUCUUUUCGCUCUUCAUGGUUGUGGUUGUCAUUGUUGUCAACAUGUACUUAGCAAAUUGGCUGAAUAGACGGAACAGAAACUUGAAGAACCUUAAAAAUGCUGAACUAUUUGGCAUUCUUUCACUCGUCGUGGCUACUGCAUUGGUUCUUGAAACAAUGGGAUUCAACAGCAUAAUCGGAUGUUUUCUCAUGGGCUCAAUGUUCCCUAGGGCAGGCCGGACAGCUAGAACAUUGUUGCCCAAACUUAGCUAUUCUGUCCACAGCUUUGUACUCCCAAUUUACUUUGGCUACACUGGGUUUCAAGCAGAUAUAACUAACAUAAACUCUCUCAUUCAUUUCGCCAUUGUUGUCAUUGUUUUCUUGUUGAGCCUCGGAGGCAAGAUUAGUGGCACCCUUCUUGCUUGCCGUUACCUAAAGAUUCCUCUGAAUGAAGGUGUCAUCCUUGCUCUCUUGAUGAACUUGAAAGGCCAUCUUGAUCUCCUAGCCUUGACCACCGGAUUGCAGAAUAAACAAGUUGCAAGCCAUAAUUUUUAUGGUCUUAUGAUGACAACUAUAGUGAUUCAAACACUGAUUGCGGGGCCAAUUAUAGCUUUCAUGGUAAGAAAAGAAAAAAACUACCUCGGCUACAGGCACAAGGCAUUUGAGUUACAAGAUCCAGAGAGUGAGAUCCGAAUACUGGCCUGUGUGCAUAAUCCUCGGCCUGUGUUAACCAUGCUUGGGCUCAUUGCAGCAUCUCGAGGGUCUGAGAACAUAGGCAUCACCCCCUACUUGAUGCACCUAAUUGAGCUCCCAGAGAAAAGAAAGACCAAUUUGAUGUACCACCAGAGAGAAAACGAUGAACAUAGUGAUGAUGAAGACUAUGGUGGCAAUGAUGUGGUGGAGAUCAAUGAUGCUGUUGACACCUUCACUGCAGAGACAAGAGUGAUUAUUCACCAGGUUAAAGCAGUAUCCCCCUUUCUAAGCAUGUAUGCUGAUGUGUGUGGGCGCGCUGCAGACAUUCGCGCUUCUAUCAUAUUCCUUCCCUUCCACAAGCACCAGAGGAUUGAUGGGAAAAUGGAGAAUGAUAAGGAGGGUAUAAGGACCAUCAACCAGAAAGUCCUCCUCCAUGCCCCGUGCACGGUAGGCAUUCUUGUGGACAGGGGACUUGGUGGGACCACACAAUCUUCGGGGUCAGAAUCACUGCGACAAGUUGCACUUUUAUUUUUUGGGGGAGCUGAUGAUCGCGAGGUGUUAGGAUAUGGUAGGCGUCUUGGAAUGCAUCAUCACAUAAACCUCACUAUCAUUAGGUUCCAACUGGCAUCAUCAAAGGACCAAAAUGAGGAGAUCAAUGUUGUACACAAGGAGGAGGAUGUAUUAAUGGCGAUAUCAGAUCAUGAGACAGAGUCUGUGGCAGACAAUAGAGCAUUAUCAGACUUUUAUGGCAGGUAUGUGCAAUCAGGUCAAGUGGGAUUCGUAGAGAAGUAUGUGGAAAAUGGAGCAGAGAUCGCGUCUUCUCUAAAGGACAUGGCUGACAUGUAUUCAUUGUUCAUAGUAGGGAAGGGAAGACGAGGAAACUCUCCUUUAACAACUGGAAUUAGUGACUGGGAAGAGUGUGCUGAGCUCGGUACAGUUGGAGAUCUCUUGGCAUCUUCAGACUUCGAUAGCAGUGGCUCAGUUUUGGUCAUUCAACAGCAUAGACCUUCCAUAAAUGACGAUGAUUGAUAGAGAUAAGUGGCUGCUUGUUACCUCCAUCCCCACCACAUAUCUUGUGUGGCAAAAGGCGAAACAUCAUGUUAAAAUGUGUAUAAUUGGUAGGAUCAACAGAUCAAACCCACUCCAUUUCAUGUUCAAGCCUGAAAUACAUGUGACCAAAGACUACAGCCAGUGAUCUGCAAUGGGAUGUUGAUAAUAUAUGGUCCGAACUGAAUUUUUUUUGUGUGAAUUACCGGUCCUUGGUUCAUUGAUCACCUUUGCAUGUCAAGAGAUUGAUGAGAUGGUUUGUAGAGGCGAAUGCGCGCUGGAUUGCUGGCUUGAUUAUUCGAUGGGGGAUUCCAAUGUAUGUUAGGUUUCUCAUAGGAUCACAUAUUUGUAGAAGACAAUGUUACUCUUAUCUUAAAUUUUCCUUUUCUCUUAUUUUGGUGAGAGAAGGAAAGAUUGGGAAUGCUUGUAGAAUGAAGAUUUUUGUAG